AAUCGAGAUUUUCUAAUCGAUUGUUCCCCAGGGCCGCCCGGAACGUGCCGCCAGAAGUAGUCCGUCCGCCGCCGAACCAACAACAAGCCCCGUGGGCAAAAACGAUAGGAAGAAGAGGAACAGUCCUCCCCUCCUACCGAAAAAGAAGCCAGACCUCACGAAAUAGCCCGUGAGUGCCACAGCACAGCAUCAGUGUACCGCCAGUAGAGCCCAGAGGAAGCAUCGAGGAUGCCAGCCGUGAAGCCCCAGGAGGGAGAGGAUCCCGACCCGACCCCAUAUCUCUUCGUCUCUCUCGAGCAGAAGAGAAUCGACCAGACGAAACCCUAUGACGCGAAGAAGGCGUGCUGGGUACCCGACGAGAAGGAGGGCUACCUUCUCGGCGAGAUUAAAGCCACCAAGGGCGACGUCGUUAGCGUCAGCUUACCUGGCGGCGAGACCAAGGACUUCAAGAAGGACCAGCUGCAGCAGGUGAACCCGCCUAAGUAUGAGAAAGCCGAAGACAUGUCCAAUCUGACCUACCUCAACGAUGCUUCGGUUCUCCACAAUUUGAAGCAACGUUACUACGCCCAGCUCAUCUACACCUAUUCCGGCCUGUUCUGCGUGGCUAUCAAUCCCUAUAAAAGAUUCCCCGUGUACACGGGAAGGUGCGCCAAACUGUAUCGUGGUAAGAGGCGUAGUGAGGUGCCACCCCAUAUUUUCGCCAUUUCUGAUGGAGCUUACGUCAACAUGCUUACCAACAGCGAGAAUCAGUCUAUGUUGAUCACUGGUGAGUCUGGUGCCGGAAAGACUGAGAACACGAAAAAGGUAAUCGCGUACUUCGCCACCGUCGGUGCCUCGACCAAGAAAGAGAAGGAAGAUCCGAAUAAGAAGAAGGGCUCCCUGGAGGACCAGGUCGUACAAACCAAUCCCGUCCUGGAGGCUUUCGGUAACGCCAAGACCGUCCGUAACGAUAACUCCUCUCGUUUCGGUAAAUUCAUUCGUAUUCACUUCGGUCCCUCUGGAAAACUGGCCGGUGCUGAUAUUGAGACUUAUCUGCUGGAGAAGGCUCGUGUCAUCUCUCAACAGACUCUGGAGCGUUCCUAUCACAUCUUCUACCAGAUGAUGUCCGGAUCAGUCAAGGGACUGAAGGAAAACUGUCUCUUGUCCAACAACAUAUACGACUAUAACAACGUAUCUCAAGGAAAGAUCACGAUCCCCAACGUCGAUGAUGGCGAGGAAUGUAUGCUGACGGAUCAAGCCUUCGACGUGUUGGGCUUCACCCAGGAAGAGAAGGAUGACAUCUACAAGAUCACCGCUUCUGUCAUGCAUAUGGGUGGCAUGAAGUUCAAGCAAAGGGGUCGUGAGGAACAGGCUGAAGCCGAUGGCACUGAGGAAGGUGAGCGCGUGGCUAAGUUGCUUGGUUGCGACUGUGCCGAUCUUUACAAGAACUUGCUGAAGCCAAGGAUCAAGGUCGGUAACGAGUUCGUCACCCAAGGUCGUAACAAGGACCAGGUAGCCUACUCCGUGGGCGCCAUGUCGAAGGCGAUGUUCGACAGGUUGUUCAAGUGGCUGGUCAAGAAGUGUAACGAGACCCUGGAUACCAAGCAGAAGAGACAGCACUUCAUUGGUGUACUGGAUAUCGCUGGUUUCGAGAUCUUCGACUACAACGGCUUUGAGCAGCUCUGCAUCAACUUUACCAACGAGAAGUUGCAGCAGUUCUUCAACCAUCACAUGUUUGUACUCGAGCAAGAGGAGUAUAAGAAGGAGGGCAUCGAUUGGGUGUUCAUUGACUUCGGCAUGGACUUGCUAGCUUGUAUCGAGCUGAUCGAGAAGCCUAUGGGUAUCCUCUCCAUCCUUGAGGAAGAGUCUAUGUUCCCUAAGGCCACAGACAAGACCUUUGAGGAGAAGUUGAACAACAACCAUCUCGGCAAGAGUCCCAACUUCCUGAAGCCCAAACCGCCUAAACCAGGCCAGCAGGCAGCCCACUUUGCGAUUGGCCAUUACGCCGGCAACGUACCAUAUAAUAUCACCGGCUGGCUGGAGAAGAACAAGGACCCGCUGAACGACACGGUGGUCGAUCAAUAUAAGAAGUCUACGAACAAACUGCUGGUGGAAAUCUUCGCUGAUCAUCCUGGUCAAUCUGGUGGUGGUGACGCCGGUGGCGGUGGCAAGGGUGGACGUGGUAAGAAGGGUGGUGGUUUCUCUACCGUAUCGUCCUCCUACAAGGAGCAGCUGAACAACCUGAUGACUACCCUGCGUGCCACGCAACCCCACUUUGUCCGUUGCAUCAUCCCCAACGAGUUGAAGCAGCCUGGCGUCAUCGACUCUCACUUGGUCAUGCAUCAGCUGACUUGUAACGGUGUGCUUGAAGGCAUUCGUAUCUGUCGCAAAGGUUUCCCCAACAGGAUGGUGUAUCCUGAUUUCAAGCUACGAUACAAAAUUCUGUGCGCCAAUGCCGUCCCAGAGCCUUGCGACGCGCAAAAGGCCACCCAGAUCAUCUUGGACACGAUCAAUCUGGAGAGUGAUCAGUAUCGCCUGGGUCACACCAAGGUAUUCUUCCGUGCCGGAGUUCUGGGUCAGAUGGAGGAACUUCGUGAUGAACGUCUCGGCAAGAUCGUAUCUUGGAUGCAAGCCUACAUCAGAGGUUACUUGUCUCGUAAAGACUACCAGAAGCUCCAAGAGCAACGCCUGGCCCUCCAAGUCGUCCAGAGAAACUUGAGGAAAUACCUCCAACUCCGCACCUGGCCGUGGUGGAAGUUGUGGCAGAAGAUCAAGCCUCUGCUCAAUGUCACUCGUAUCGAGGACGAGAUGGCCGCGCUGGAGGAGAAAGCCAAGAAGGCCCAGGAAGCUUUCGAGAAGGAGGAAAAGCUGCGCAAGGAGCUGGAAGAAUUGAACGCCAAGCUUCUCUCGGAGAAGACCAACCUGCUGCGCCAGCUGGAGGGUGAGAAGGGCUCGCUCUCCGAUUUCCAGGAGAAGGCCUUGAAAUUGAACGCGCAGAAAGCCGAUCUCGAGUCGCAACUUCACGACCUCAGCGAAAGAUUCAAGGAAGAGGAGGAUGCGAGGAACAAUCUCUUCCAGAACAAGAAGAAACUCGAACAGGAAGUAUCUGGCCUGAAGAAAGAUAUCGAGGAUCUCGAACUAAAUCUGCAGAAAUCCGAACAGGAUAAAGCGACGAAAGACCACCAGAUCAGGAAUCUAAAUGACGAAAUCGCUCACCAAGAUGAGCUCAUCAACAAGCUCAACAAAGAGAAGAAGAACCAAGGUGAAGUCAACCAGAAGACCGCCGAGGAGCUCCAGGCCGCCGAGGAUAAGGUCAACCACCUCAACAAAGUCAAGCUCAAGCUCGAACAGACCCUUGACGAACUCGAGGACUCCCUCGAACGUGAAAAGAAAUCACGUGCCGACGUCGAGAAGGCAAAGAGGAAGGUGGAAGGCGAUCUGAAACUCACACAGGAAGCCGUCGCUGAUCUUGAAAGAAAUAAGAAGGAACUCGAACAGACUAUUCAACGCAAAGACAAGGAACUCUCAUCCUUGACCGCCAAGCUCGAGGACGAGCAAUCCCUUGUCGGCAAACUGCAGAAACAGAUCAAGGAAUUGCAGGCUCGAAUUGAAGAACUUGAGGAAGAGAUCGAGGCGGAACGCGGUGGACGCGCCAAGGCCGAGAAGCAGCGCAGCGAUCUCGCACGCGAGCUCGAGGAACUUGGUGAACGCUUGGAGGAGGCCGGCGGUGCUACUUCCGCUCAGAUCGAGCUGAACAAGAAGCGCGAGGCUGAGCUGAGCAAGCUCCGCAGGGAUCUUGAAGAAGCCAACAUCCAGCAUGAAUCUUCCCUGGCCAGUCUGCGCAAGAAGCACAACGACGCUGUCGCCGAGAUGGGCGAGCAGAUCGAUACCCUCAACAAGCUUAAGGCUAGGGUUGAGAAGGAGAAGGUGCAAUACUACAGCGAGUGCAACGACUUGCGCACAUCUUGCGACCACUUGAGCAACGAGAAGGCUGCUCAGGAGAAGAUCGUGAAGCAGCUGCAGCAUCAGCUGAACGAGACCCAGGGCAAGCUUGAAGAGGUGAACCGCACUCUGAAUGACUUCGACGCCGCGAAGAAGAAGCUGUCGAUCGAGAACAGCGAUCUGCUGCGCCAGCUUGAGGAGGCCGAGUCCCAGGUCAGCCAGCUGUCGAAGAUCAAGAUCUCUCUCACCACGCAACUGGAGGACACGAAGAGGCUCGCGGACGAGGAGUCGCGCGAGCGCGCCACCCUGCUCGGCAAGUUCCGCAAUCUGGAGCACGACCUGGACAACAUCCGCGAGCAGGUCGAGGAGGAGGCAGAGGGCAAGGCCGACCUUCAGCGUCAACUCAGCAAGGCCAACGCCGAGGCGCAGCUCUGGCGCACCAAGUACGAAUCCGAGGGCGUCGCCCGGGCUGAAGAACUCGAGGAGGCGAAGAGGAAGCUGCAGGCCAGGCUCGCCGAGGCGGAAGAGACCAUCGAGUCUCUCAACCAGAAGGUCAUCGCUCUGGAGAAGACCAAGCAACGCUUGUCCACGGAAGUGGAGGACCUGCAGAUCGAGGUGGACCGCGCGACCGCCAUCGCCAACGCCGCCGAGAAGAAACAGAAGGCCUUCGACAAGAUCAUCGGGGAAUGGAAGCUCAAGGUCGACGAUCUCGCCGCCGAGCUCGACGCCAGCCAGAAGGAGUGUCGCAACUACAGCACCGAGCUCUUCAGGCUCAGAGGUGCCUACGAGGAAGGUCAGGAACAGCUGGAGGCGGUACGUCGCGAGAACAAGAACCUCGCCGACGAGGUGAAGGAUCUGCUGGACCAGAUCGGCGAAGGUGGCCGCAACAUUCACGAGAUCGAAAAGGCCAGAAAGCGCUUGGAGGCUGAGAAGGACGAAUUGCAGGCCGCUCUCGAGGAGGCCGAGGCCGCUCUUGAACAAGAAGAGAACAAGGUGCUGCGCAGCCAGCUCGAGCUCAGCCAGGUCAGACAGGAGAUCGACCGCCGCAUUCAGGAGAAGGAGGAAGAAUUCGAGAACACCAGGAAGAAUCAUCAACGCGCCCUCGACUCCAUGCAAGCUUCCCUCGAAGCAGAAGCCAAGGGCAAAGCUGAGGCACUGCGCAUGAAGAAGAAGCUGGAGGCGGACAUCAACGAGUUGGAGAUCGCGUUGGACCAUGCAAACAAGGCGAACGCCGAGGCGCAGAAGAACAUCAAGCGAUACCAACAGCAGCUCAAGGACGUGCAGACCGCUCUCGAGGAAGAACAGAGAGCGCGCGACGAGGCCCGAGAGCUCCUCGGCAUCUCAGAGCGUCGCGCCAACGCCCUGCAGAACGAGCUUGAGGAGAGCCGCACUCUCCUUGAACAGGCGGACCGUGGUCGUCGCCAGGCCGAGCAGGAGCUCGCCGACUGUCACGAACAGUUGAACGAACUGAGCGCCCAGAACGCUUCCAUUUCUGGCGCCAAGAGGAAACUCGAGGCCGAACUGCAGACUCUCCACUCCGAUCUGGAUGAGCUGCUCAACGAGGCGAAGAAUUCGGAGGAGAAGGCGAAGAAGGCGAUGGUGGACGCGGCCAGGUUGGCGGACGAAUUGCGCGCCGAACAAGAUCAUGCUCAGACCCAGGAGAAAUUGCGCAAGGCUCUGGAGACACAGAUCAAGGAACUGCAGGUGCGCCUGGACGAGGCCGAGGCAAAUGCUCUCAAGGGCGGCAAGAAGGCCAUCCAGAAGCUGGAACAGCGCGUACGCGAGCUGGAGAACGAGCUCGAUGGCGAGCAAAGGAGACACGCCGACGCUCAGAAGAAUCUGCGCAAGUCCGAGCGUCGUAUCAAGGAGCUGAGCUUCCAGGCGGACGAGGACCGUAAGAACCACGAGCGCAUGCAGGAUCUGGUUGACAAACUCCAGCAGAAGAUCAAGACAUACAAGAGGCAGAUCGAAGAGGCGGAGGAGAUCGCCGCGCUGAAUCUCGCCAAGUUCCGUAAGGCGCAGCAAGAACUGGAGGAAGCUGAAGAAAGGGCGGACCUUGCCGAACAAGCUAUCACCAAGUUCCGCACCAAGGGACGUGGCGGAAGCGCCGCACGCGGACUCAGCCCAGUGCCACACCGACCUGCGUUUAAACCCCUAUUAGAUGGUUCCGCAUUCCCGCCACGCUUCGACCUGCAGCCCGAUGGUGAUCUGUAAAGCUCCUUCCGAGGAAUUCGCGUAAAUAAUUAUAAACCGACAAAAAGGAAAAAAAAAUAACAAAAAUUUAACAACAGAAAACUCAAGCAAAAUUAAAGAAGGGUAAGAGAAGAAGAAGAAGGAGGAGGAGGAAGAACAUCCAUCGUCCUCAUCGAGUCCAUCGUCGAACGAAGACACGAAUAUAUAUAUAUGCAACGAAUCCGAGAGCUCGCUCGGAGCUCUCAACGGCAUCGUCAUCUCGCAAUCGAGCGAUCGAUCCAUUAUUACAUCUAGAGAUCACGAAUUCGCGAUCAUUUUUCUUGACAAUAAUUUUUACGUGUUCGGUCAAUAAAAGAGAAAGACAAGAUAAAAUUAACGUUCGCUCAGGAAGAUCGAAGGAAAAGAUGGGGAUGCGAGAGAGGGUGUGUUUUGAUUCACCACGCGAGCUGACGGUCGAGGGAGAGAAAAAGUGGCAGAAUGAGAGAUAUCGAGCGAGAGGACGAUGAGAGAGCGAGAGCCAGCGAGAGAUAUAUUAAUACGUACACAUAUACACAUAUACACGCAGAAUAAUAAAGGGGAAAAAUAACAGAGCGAUAAAUACACACAUAUAAACAUUUACGUCCUCGUGAAAUGCACAAGGUAACAAGCAAAAGUGUUGAAGGUAAAUGAGAAAAAAGUUUAAAAAAAUAUAUAUCUAUAUAUAAUAUAUACUCGCGAGGAGAAACGCGAAAUCGCGAACAAAACGUCAAUCAACAGCGCGUAUCAUUACAUGUGUCAUCCAAAUGAUAUCGUAUCCUACAAACUUAAUUGUAAUUUAUAAAGAGAGAUGAAGUAUGUAUUUAUUAAAGUAAAUAAGCAAUAAAUAAAGAUAAGAAUUAAAUCACCUCACUUA